UCCUAUGAAACAUCAGCGAAGAGUCGUGUUGGAGAAAAAUGAAUUGGACUGAUUCAACUUCCUAUGGCGAAACAUAUUAUAUGAUUUUAAACGGAAAGGGCCUGAAAGUUUGGGCAAUCACGCUCAUACUCCCUGCUAUAUUUUUUAUAGCAACGACAUAUAUCAUGGUUAUGUUAAUUAUUGAAAUGUGCUCUACUGGGAUUGGAUUGCGUGAAGCUAAAAGUGUAGGAGAACGAUUUGGUGCCUGGAUGAAAAUAAUGAGACUCUUGCUAGCUACCGUCUCAAACAUUUCGUACCUAGAUUGCUGGCUGAUCCGACUUUUGGUCGAUCUUUACUAUCCUGAGUAUUGUCAAGUUUAUAAAUUAUACCGCAUUGGAUCAUUCAGCAUCACUAUUGUUCUAAGUUACUUAGCGAUGUGGUUGAGACAUCGCGUAAUCUACAGUAAUCCUUCAAUGUCUCAUUUAACAAACCCCAUUACACGCACCAUAAGUGUGAUCGUAGUGGUCUUGAGCGUGUUGUUACCCACUUCCAACGCCGUUCUUUCUAUAGCUACAUUUCAUAGUGAAGUGACUGAAGGUGGUUGUAUGGUAGUAUCUUCCACAAUACCAACCAAAACUCCCUGGAUUAUCAUUAGCAUGUCUUCAACAAUAUUACAGUUAAUGAUUUUAGGUCUGUUCAUACACCCAUUGAGACAGCAUCAAAUUGUUAUCGGACGCGCUGCUGACAACUUGACACCGGUGUUGAGAAAAGCAUUCUAUACAUCUCUGGUUUGCUGCUUGAGUGAUACUGCUGCUUCUGUCGUAGCAGCAACGAUUGGAGGGACGUUUCUGCCUUUGGCUGUGACAAUGAGUUCAUUUGCGAACCUUACGAUGAUAGUAGUGAGUUUUGCCGAAUGGCAAAAAACUAUUUUUCCGUGUAUACGAUCUGGCAACAUUUCUUGAAUACAACAACAUCAUGCUACUAUGGAAUGGAAGUUAGUGACUAAAAUAUUCAAGGCGUUACGCACGGGUGUGGACAAUUAACGUUACUACUCACUGAGUGAGGUUCACGGAUGGUUUUCAAAAAUGUUCUAUAAUUUCAAGGGUAACAGUCACACCUUCUCAUUCGUGUUGAAUAAUUCAGUUUGCCAGUGUUGGCGGUGAACUACUAACUUGUAUAUAUGCACAGUAUAUAAAGACCGUUUGUAUAUUCAAUACUUAUUUUUGAUAUCAAACAUUUCUAUUCAACAAAUAUCAUUUCUUGCUUCCAUUUUAAUCAGCUAUUUCUGGAUGUGCCGGCCAUGUGUACAAGUUUGUACAAUAAUCGACAAAAUGAUGUAUUGAUGUGUGGACGCGCCCUUUUCAAAAAUACUAGUGCGUCUCAAUUGUUUUUUCUAUUUAGUUUUUAUUUCCAUCUAACUAAUCUCAAACCCGACAUGGAUUGGCAACAGGAUAAAGACCGUGGAUACCUAAUGUUAAUCACAUGUAAUUUGUAUUGCGCGAUGUUGGUUGUUUAACUAUCAAUUAGAUGGUUCAACUACCGAAAUCCGCCCAUGAAUAAAAAAAAACAGUGCUGUAACAAUCAAGUUGCUGAAACUUGCUAAUGUUUAUUUAGAUACUUGAACCUUGGGUGUCGCUGCUUGAUAACCACCUUUGGUUCCUCGCGGCUUCCCCUCCCCAGUGAAAUGUGUAUUCAAUAUUAUUUAUUCCUCUUAAUUUUGCAUGUUAACUUUUUUGUACUGGAUGGAAAAAAUAAACUUGACUAUGACUAUG